AAACACCAAAAUCAGCCAACAUAGUCUAGAUAACAAACACAACAACCAUGGUGGAUAGUAGCGCCAAGAACAAUAAUAAUGACAGCGCCAACACUCCAGAGAACCUGGUGACAGUUUGUCCAGAUGGCCACAGCUGCGAGAAUGGUUCCCUGUGUGUUGAGAACUCAUCGAAGGAAGGUCAAUACUUGUGCAAUUGUUUCGAGGGUGAACUGAUUGGUUUCAAAGUCUUCACCGGACUCUAUUGCCAACAUGAAGCCACCAUGUUUUGUACACGGAUGGGAGAGCUCUCUACCGUAGGAUAUUGUGCCAAUGGAGGAACGUGUAUGGGCUUAUUGGAGGACAACGAUGGCAACCACGUCGGAUGUGAAUGUCCCAAGGGGUAUACGGGGCAGCACUGCGAAUUCGUCGAAGGCUCCCAACCCACCGAAGGUUAUUAUCCACUCGACAAAAACUCCAACCUCCAGCUUGUUGCCAGGAACGAAACCAAGGAACUGGGUGCCGCCGGAAUUGCCAUUACAGUGCUUGGUGUGGUGGUGGCACUUGGUAUGAUUGGAACUGCCUUGCUUGUCCUUCAGAGGCGUUGGCGUCUACAUGCCGAAACACACACCAUUGAACCGACCAAAUCGUCCGAUGGACAGUUGGAGGAUGCCGAUGGAGCCAACUUGGCAGUCCCCACACAAUCAUUUGAGUCCGACCAGAGUGAACUGCAGCCCAGUGAAAGUGCUGAAAUGGCAUAAUAGACGACACAAAAAGAGAAAGAAAGCUAGAAAGUCCACGUUGGGCAGCAAUUUACGCCUUGCAUGCAUGCUACCGAUACCUCCUGGUGAUGAUGAGACGAUAGUAUUGAAUCGAAUUUCACUGCAGAGUGGCAGUCAUAGUGAAUUGCAUUGUGAGCUGUGAGCACAAGUAUGAUAUAUACAGAGCAGAAAAGGAGCACAACUUUUGCAGGUGGGUACUGACAACGAACAAGGAAGCUUGCACUCUUGUCUAUUUUAAUUAAGACACUUGGAGCACUCUCAUAGCUCAUUUGUAAGCGCCUUUACAAGGUUUUAAAACUCUUUUCUUCUACAUUAUGCAAUAGAAUUGUAACAAUUCCAAUUAUCCUACAAUUCUCACCAUCACUGUGCCUUUUUGUCUAGCUGGCUAGAAACAUUUGAAUCUCUUGUUGCAUCCUUUGGUAGUUGGCCACCAUCAUAUAUCAUGAUGAUGAAUUGGUUGGCCAUGGAAGCUGGUUGUCACAUAAUACCUUGCAUUGUCUGUCGCCGGGUACAAAGAAAAUGGAUGCAUUAAUCUUUGACAACGAACUCUUUGAGCUGUGAGACCCAGGGACAUGGCAUUGGACAUCCACCGGAAGAGGUUUGAAGUUCCAAGAGAGUGCAGUCUCUCUGGAAUGUUGGUGGUAGAUUACCAGCUCUGCCAGUUUAACCUUUUAAAUGUGUCACGCCGAACUUUCAGUUGUAACGGCCACGUUAUUUGAUGCCAACAGGCAAUCUUGCAUCUGAACCGCUCACAUUUCGUUCGAUUUUCACGUGAACGAUGUUUCCCUCCACCCUCCACUCCAAGACC